AUGGUUUGGCAACACGGCGAUCACCAUGACAUCCCGCAUCAAUGGCGCAUUCACAAGCCCGGCGCAUGGCUUCCAGCAGACCAUCGUGUCCAUCGCGAAUAUCUUCGUCGUGUGACGGAGCACGUCGACAAGCACCCCGAGGAAAAGCUGACGCCGGCGCUGCAGGAGUUCAGAGAAUUAAUCGAAGGCAACUCACGAAUCUACAUGUACUUUAACCAAAUGUUUGAUGAAAUCCCAAAGAAAAGGCCAUACUGGCGCGAUCCUACAGGAACUAAACAGAUCCGCGACUACCACCACAUGCUUCAGGUGCUCAACCACAUUGUCUCCAAAGCUCCGGAAUGGACAGAUGCAGCCGAAAGUGCUGGUGUUGUGGGAGUGCCAUUUUGCGCCAUCCUUGAUUAUCCCAUGGGCACAGCAAGUGGACAUGCCGCGUUCCUCGACCCAGACGUGAAUAAAGCGAUCAAAAAGGUUCUAAACGAAUGGGGAAAGUUCUUAGAGACUCCAAAAUCAGCCGAGGUGUUGGGAGAGCACAAGCUGGGCUGGUUCGGCGAAACGGGGCGAAACGACGUCAUGCAGGUCGCCAAUGCUCCGUACAAAUCGUCCAUGAAAUUUGAAGAAAUGUUUGUUUGUGAACCAUCGGCCAAAUAUCACGGCUACAAGUCAUGGGAUGACUUCUUCACUCGCAAGGUUCACGAUGAGGCAAGGCCCGUCGCAUCACCAGACGACGACAAUGUCAUUGCCAAUGCAUGCGAAUCUAAGGUGUUCAACAUUCAGCAUGGUGCUCAACUGCGGGAUCGGUUUUUCGCAAAGGGCCAGCCCUACUCAGUACUUGAUAUGCUAGCUCACGAUCCACUCGCUCAACAUUUCGCCGGCGCAACAAUUUACCAGGCGUUCCUCUCGGCGUUAUCCUAUCACCGUUGGCAUUCACCAGUCUCAGGAACCAUUCGACGCGCUUUCGUCCAGGAUGGCACGUACUUCAGUGAGCCUCUCUUUGAGGGCGUAGGUGAUCCGACUGUUCAUGAAAUCGACACUGGCGGCAUCUCGGUCGCUCAAGGCUACCUGUCUGCGCUAGCAACUCGGGGCAUCAUCUUCAUUGAGGCGGAUAAUCCGGCGAUCGGUUUGAUGGCUUUUAUUGCCAUUGGCAUGGAUGAAGUCAGCUCGGUGGACAUCACCGUAAAAGAGGGCCAACAUGUGAAGAAAGGUGAACAAACAGGCAUGUUUCAUUUUGGUGGAUCAACACACUGUCUCUUGUUCCGAAAGGGAGUUCAGUUGUCGGAAUUCCCCGAUGUUGGAAGGCAAGAAAAUGUCCCCGUUCGUGGUAAACUUGCUGUUGUUAAGCCCUAA